AUGGAGCAGGAAUGGCUAGAAAAAGCACACUGCCUCAAUAAAAGGAGACGGUAUGGGUACCUGGGACGGAUCCGCAGCCCGGGUUCUGAACUCCAGAAUGGUGUGGAACUCAGCGGAGGCAGCGAUAAAUCUUUCAUGAAUCGAGUAAUGAAACUGCAGGAGGGCCAAUUUGGAGAGGGGACAAAUGACAUCAUCUGCAGGCGUGUGGCCGCAGAAAAGGCAGAAAAGGAAUCCAAGAGAGAUGAUGGCCUGGCCUACAGGCAGGCCUUCAAGCUCCAAGACAGCCCGACUGAACAGAGGAAGGACAAAGGGUUGAGGUGGCACUUGGUCAAAUUCUUCAUGGAUCUGCAAGGCAAAGCCACUUUCUCCCCCACACCCAACCAAGAACUCUUGCAAGAAAAUCAAGCUAACGAAGUAUUCCUGGCCCCUGGGCAGACCGUCUUCCCCAAAGUGGCAGAAGUGACAUACUGCGCAUAUGUGGUACAGAGGAACAUCACGUGCGCCCUGCAGGAGGGAGCUGAGAGCUAUGUGAAGGCUGAGUACCCCAAGUGCGGCUGGAGCCCUAAAUGUCCUGGGAAAGUCAUGUACCGCACCCUCUUCAGACCGAGGUAUAAGAUCGGCUACAAGACAGUGACGGAACUGGCCUGGAGGUGCUGUCCGGGAGUCGCGGGACAAGGUUGCCCUGGCCGACACACUGACCACCUGGGGCACCUGCCCCCGCACCCAAGCCCCAAGAUACCCCCUGGACAGAAGCUGUUUCCGAUCCCCAGGAUGCCUCCUCCGCCCAGAAUUCACUCGGACCAGCUCCCAGGACCCAUGAACCAUCACUACAGUCGGAAACUCCCUGGGCUGUUUGGAGAAAGGCUGGACCGGCUGGAAGAAGACAUGCACCGCCUCUCCCAAUCCUACAGCACCCUCCAAGGAAUGGUCAGCGGGCUGGGGGACCACCUGAGGCUGGCCAUUCGGGAGGACACCGCCCCAAUGAUUGGGGCCCCGAUGCACAGCCCCAGGGCGCCGGACUCCACGGUGGGCUUUGGGGUCAUCCCAGAGGGCGUCGUGCAUGCCGCAGGUGGGCCAGGGGACCCUCCGCUCCCAGUGGGAGAGAUCCUGACCAAGGUGACGGAAGUGAGCGACACCCUGAAGACCAAAACCGGCCUGCUGGACCAGGUGCAAGGGCUGGUGCUGGAUCACGACAGUCAGAUCAAGCAACUUCUGGAGUCCAGCCGCCCCUCACCCCUCACCUCCCUGGCCUUGCUGGAGGAAUACGUCGAUGCCCGCUUGAGCCGCCUCCGGGGCGAGCUUCUGGACGGCUUUGAGAAGAAGCUGGUCCACAUCCAGAGCACUUGCGACUUCCAGAUCCGAGAGGUGCGGCAGCAGUGCGAGGAGGAGAAAGCCAGCAGCCUCCAGCUCCAGCAGGCCCUGGAUGGCAAGGAGCUGGAAAUCAAGAGGGAGAUCUCCCACCUGGAGACCCAGAUCCAGGGGCUGAGCAUGGGGGAGAGCUGCUGCGGUCACCUGAACCACAUCACUGAGAGGAUGGACAUCCUGGAGAAGGGUCUGCACGCCCUCUCCGAAUCCCAAAAGACCCUGGAUGCCCGGCUGGAUGGGGAACUGGCUCGGCAUUCCCCCGGGACACUGGUAGACUUGGUGGACGGGAGGCUGGAAGACCUGGAGGCCAGGAUCAACGCCUCGGAGAGAGGGGCCGGCGGCUGUUGCCCCGGCCCAGACGAGGGUGUGAGGGCCUCAGAGGUGGAGGACAUCAGGACCAUUUUCGAGGACAAAAUGAGGGCCUUGGAAGACCGGUUCCUGACCAUCGUGGGGGAGCUAAGUAACGCGAGCUCCUCAGCGGCCGUGGACGGGGCCGCCGUGCCUCUCCUGGAGGCCGACCCGGCCAGCGGGAGGCGGCAGAGCAGCCCGGGGCUGUCGGUGGUCCAGAGCCGUCUCACCGCCCUGGAGACCCUGUGCUCUGCCCGCUGUGCCCCUGUCUCUGGGGAGGCAGAGACCAUCACCGCCGAGAUCAAGGAUUUCGAGAGCAAGAGCCAGAACCUGGUCCUCCAGGUAGACCGCAACUUCGAGCUCCUCCAGAAGCUCAACUCUACCGUGUUGGAGAUCCAGAGGCAGCUGGAGGAGGAGGGGGAGACCAGCUCUCUCCAGGGGGAGAUCACCCUGCUCAAGGUCAACCUCAACACGGUGAGCAAAUCCCUCACGGGGCUCAAGGAUUCAGUCCACCAGUACUCGGACGCCAUCUUCCACGUCAACUCCUCAUUGGGUGAGCGGGAGCGCAAGGUGGACGGGGAGGUCCAGGCUCUCCAAGACAAGGUCAGCGGCCAAGGCGCCCAGCUCUUGUACAGCAACCAGCGGGUCCUGAACCUCAAGGGGGACCUGCAGAGGCUCAAGGCCCAGAUUGCCCAAGACCUGGGCCACUGCAAACACGUGGCCCAGGACGUUCAGCGAGAGGUGGGCCGCUUCGACCAACGGGUGGCCCAGGUGGAGAGCCUGUGCGGGGGUCUGAGCCUAGCCGCAGGCGGCUUGGACACCGUCAAGGAGCAGCUGUUGGGGCCCACAGGAGCCCUCUGGGGCUCAGUGGAUCAGAUCAACACCACUCUGGCCACCCAUGCCCGGGAGAUCACCACGCUGAGGAAUGACCUGCUGGAUUUUCAGGCCAAAGUCUCAGAACUGUCAGAGCAGAUGAGCCAUUUGCCAGACACGGCAGAGCAAGAGAGUCGCUAGCCAGAAGCGAGUGCCAUUCCUCCUUGGGCGGGCUCUGGUGAACUGGAUGAAUUUAUUGCAAAGGGACGGACGCCACCGACCUUCUUGGUGCUUUGUUUUUUGAUUUGUUGUUUUGUAUUUUUUUUUCUAAUAUGAAUGAAAGCUGCUAUAAUUCCUUCUCCCAUUUCUGGAGACCAUUUUGGAGGACUCUGUUGCUGAGACAAGGAAACGGCCUCCUGCUCAUCCCAGCAGCGGGAAUGCCCAGAAUCCCAUCCCACCCCUGGCUCUUUGCCACUAAGACUGGAAAAUCCAGGAAGGAACCAGAGGUUGAGUGGUCAUGAAGCUUGGUGGAUAGUGGUAGGGAUUUACUUCCUCUACUAAACCAAAUAGCUCUGCAUCAGGAAGGACGGCUCUUCCUCUUGCAAAAGUUACCUCUGGACCCAGAGGCCAGUCUAAAGAAGACAGCCCUAGGAGACUUGGUUCAUUGAUGGGAAAAAAUAGCAUCUUGGUGUGCCGGAAGGGUGCAGAAAGGGAAGGAGGAUGGAGAUAGUGCAUAUCUUCACUGGACAACCGGUUUUUAGCCUGAUGGAACCCAACCAUGGCUGCUUGGAUCUGAUAUACAAGAAUUUAGGAUGGCAGCUGGUUCUCUUGACCCUCCUCACCCCAACCCAUCGGGGCAACUGUCACUGUGACGAGGAUCCACCUCAGUUUGAAAUGUCUAAUUCCCCUCAAGACGUUGAGGGGAGAACUCAAUUCUGCCUGUUCUCCAUGGCUGCUCAACCCCACGUUUGAGGCCUGCCUCUCCCCUAGGCCCCCUCACCCUCCUCUUCUUGCUCAUACAACUCCCAUCACGACUCCUUUCUCAACUGGAUACAGACUGAGACUCUUCACCACAGAUUUCGCAGGAGGAAGCUCCAAGACAGACAGAAGUUGGAGGCUUCUAGGGAAUUAAAAGUUCUGCUCCUUCAAUUGACAUGCUUCUGGAUUGGGGUGCUCAGCUGUUAAAUAUCAGGAAUCUCUUUUGCUUUUUUGCUUUUGCUGCAUUUGCUCCAUCCCCUUUGCACUCCCCUCCUGGGUCCCUAAGUGGGCAGGCACCCACCUCUGAGCCAUGAAAUUUAGAGGCAGCCCCCAAGGGCUUGGAAAAAAUGUAGGCCACAAUGGCAUCUGGCCCCCUGUCCAAACAGGCCAAGGGAAACUGGGUAAAUGCUCACCCUAUGUGGCUCAGAAAAUUGGGAAGGGGUUAGGAGAGGGAGGAGGAGGAAAGGGAGAAGCUUCUGCUUCCCCUUGGAGUACAUUAAUCCAAAGCCACAGCAGCAGGAACUUGGUCCUGUGUUUGAGGCUGGCAGAAGAUGAACCCACCUUGACCUGUGACUGUGAAGGCUUUAGAAGGAAGUCACUAAGAAGCAGAGCAGACCAACUCCUCUUCGGACCUCAGUGAGCAACCUGUACCAGAGUGCCAAGCAGUGGAAACUCCAUCUCUUCACUUCUCGGAUCAGACAAGCUCAGAGCACUGAGAGGUCAUCUGGCCCAGCCCCCUCCCUCCAGGUGGGAGCCAGACUAAACCAGCCAGGAUAAGCGGAAGUCUCUUCUGUUCUUAGCUACUUUCAGAGAUGGAGACUCUACCAGGCCUUCUUGAGUGACUCUGACCAUUGAGAAGUGUUCCCUUAUGACAGAAGGAAAUCCUUCCUGAUUUCAGCCCAACACUUCUUGUUUGAACCUCAGCUGUUGUGAAUUUGAAGCCUUAGGCAACAUUGUUCUUGGUCAGAAUCAAUGGUCCAUAUUUUGUCCUGUCAUCUCCUUGGCAAGUAAAAAUAGCCAGUUGAAAUCGUCACCGGUAAAAACCUAUCAUAGACUUAAAGGCCAUUAUUAACCAUUAGCCUUCUCUCCCAAUUCAUUUAACCCUUCCUCAGAAACUCAUCUUUAAUCAAUCCCUUCGAUUAUUUUUCAUCAUUCUUCUCUGGACGAUCCAACAGACUACAAGACUCAAACUGUGUGGAAGACAUUAGAAAGCCUGGGUGUCGACCCUUGCAGGUCCUCCAGUAAUUGAAAACACUUGGUACUGGGAUCAACAAACAGCAUUGUAUUGCUGACUCCUGUCCAGCUUGUGGUCACUUCUGACCCCAGGAUCUUCUUCUGUUGUAUUUGUGCCCAGCCAGUCUUGCCCCAGCCAGGUUGGGUGUUGAGAAGUUGAGUCAAAAGGGACUGUUGAAGGAAGAGAUGCAUUCUUAAAGAAUGCUGACAGACUUGGAUGAGGGUGAUAAUCCCAAAGAUUUUGCCCGCUCAAAAACCUGGUUGUUCACUACCUGUCUAGGACUGUGAUUUCAUUCUUCUUCUUUCACAGAAAGGGGUCAUCCAGCUAGCCUCAACUAUUACUUUACUGUCUACAGCAGGCCUCCCUAAUAAUAACAAAAUAAUGGCAUUUGCUAAGCACUUACUGUGUGCCAAGCACUGCUCG